AUGGCGUCCGGGAUUAUAAUGAACACGUUGGAGAAGCUCGAGGAAGCCGUGAAAGCCAUCCGGGACGGCAAAUGCGUGCCCGACGGGCCGACCCCUCCGCUUUACUGCAUCGGGCCCCUGGUCUCGAGCGGGGAUGGCGGAAAAGCCGGGAGCGGCGGCGGCCCAGGUAACGACAAGCCGGAGUGCUUGACAUGGUUGGACUCGCAGCCGAGAGGAAGCGUCGUGUUCCUGAGCUUCGGGAGCCUCAGGGUGGCGGUGCUGAACCACGGCGCCACGGGCGGGUUCGUGACCCACUGCGGGUGGAACUCGGUGCUCGAGGCCGUGUGCGCCAGGGUGCCGAUGAUCGCGUGGCCGCUCUACGCGGAGCAGCGGCAGAACCGGGUGUUCAUGGUGGAGGCGAUGAGGGUCGCGCUGCCGAUGGAGGAGGCGGCGGGAGGAGCGGUCGGUGAGCGCGGCGGAGGUGGAGCGGCGGGUCCGAGGGCUGAUGGGCCCGGAGGGCAAGGCCAUCAGGGAGCGGAUGCAGCAUCUCAAGCAGAAGCGCAGGCAGCACUGAAUCCCGGCGGGUCGGCUCAGGUCGCGUUGGCUGAGUUAGUACAGUCAUGGAACAUCGCUUGA